GAUGAUCAAAAGACCCUCGAAAAAAGACAGUGAAAAUGAAAUUUUGCGCAUGCAGCAGGAAUUUUACGCGGAGCAAAACCGAGACGCUAACUUUCAACCCGCUGCCAAAGUGAUUCGGAUGCAACGUGAUGGGACAAGUGAACGACCAGAAAGUGCCUCUUCCAGUGGCAAUGUUCGUCAAUCGGAAUUCGCAAAACGCCGCGCACAACGCUUGCAGGCGAUGCAAGCAACGGUCGAACCGACUGAGAAAAUGGACGUCCAGGAUGGGAAAGAUGAAGCAGAGGUUGAGCCCGCGGAGGAGGAGGCCACCUUAGAAUCGUAUGUUAUGGGUGAUGUAGUUGAACGCCAACCGGGAUAUGUUUUUAAGGCAAGCGUUUCCCAGCCUGAUGGCUCUUUCCCCCGAACCAUGCACAUUACCGCAUACCCAAUGCGCGCUAAACCAGAAGGCUCAAAAAAGAGUCUGUUCGCGCAAAUGAUUUCAAAAGGAAAAGAGGAUCCCGCAAAAGUGACCGAAAACACUCCGGACGAGACUUUAGAAUAUGAGGAACCAACCGGCAGUUCGCUUCUGGAAGGAUGGGACGCAACGGAAAUACACAACGAAAACAUGCGAAAGCUACAGCAAAUGUCGGCUGGGGAAAUUAACAUAGAAAGAGACCAUCUUCUCAGUACUCUUGAUCCGAAGCUGAUAGAGUUUAUUAAGUCGCGUAAAAAGCAGGCUCCUUCUGGGAAUGAUAACUCAACCGAAAAACAACCAGUUCUCAGCGAAACUGUUCCCGCUCCGAGUAUUAUUCCAGCCGGAAUGGAGGUGUUGCGCGAGAAGGGCGCCGAGCAGUGGAUUAACUUUGACGUUUUGGAGCCGGAAAAGUUGGAGUGGACCAAGGAUAUCGAACGGAGCAUGAAGGAACUCAAGCCCGGAGAAUCCUAUGAGGCCCGUUUCGACUGGAAGGGUGUCCUGCAACCGUACGUUUCAGAAGAGAGUGGUAAAAAGAAAGACGAUCGCGAGCUGUACCUACACGGAGAAGAUGCACAACGUCCCGGGUACACGUUGCAGGAGUUGUUCCGUUUGGCCCGGUCAAACGUUCUACAGCAGCGCAUUUCCGCACUGGGAGCGAUCGCGGGAAUACUGCACAUCAUGAACCAAGGAUUCUACGAUGGCAUUCUUGAGCUUCCCGUCUCAAAGGUGUUUUUCUUUCUUCGUUUCGCGCUGGACGAAAACACUCCGUCUGUGGUGGAGGUAGCAUCGCGAGCCUUGGCAAGCCUUUUCUACAACGAUACCGACGAGAUUUUGCUCGAUACGGUGUUUGACUCCGAGUACGGUAUGGUUCAACCUCAGCUGGCCCUCAACAUAACGCACAGUCGCGAGGAUGAAUUGAAGCAACGUGAAUCAGAGCUACAGGCUGGGUUUGGUGCAUUGAACCUUGGUGGUGGAAACCGCGCAUCACCGACGCCCAGGUUCAAAAGCAACCUUCCGGAGGAUGAUCCGGACGACGUGCACAAUCGAGAAACGAUGAACGACUUUCACCUGGCUGAAACAGAUCUCGUCGAAUGCCUGUUGCGUACGAACAUCCUGGAGCGCAUUCGGUAUAUUCUGUUCUCCAUGAAACCGGAGGGGGCUACCGUCAUCAAUUGCACAAAGAUUUUGAUUCGUUUGGCGCGUACUAGCGAACAGAUUGCGUUGAAAAUAGCUACCAACGAACCGCUCGUGGGAGGACUGAUAAAGAACUAUCUUACGUCGAUCUACAGCAGUGAUGAUCAUCUACCUCAACACGUGGUGUUGAAGCUGGUGAGACUUCUGUGCGGCUAUCGGCAAACCUUUUACGCCCAACAUCUGCACCGAUUCCAUGUCGUCAGUUUGGUGAAGCGGUUCGUUUUCUGUCGCAAGGAUAUCGAUAUCAAAAUGAUCCAGAUACAGAUCGAAGCGUUCCGAUUUUUCCGUCUUCUGAUGCAGUGUAAGCCGGAUGAAGAACUGUACAGCGAACUUUGGCCAGCCCUGUGCUACCUGCUCGAGUGGCACUAUCAGCAUCUCAUUUUCGACGAGACUGGCUCGUUCAUCAUCCGUCAGCACUGCGUCGCCUUGUUAGCCCUAAUUGGGCCCGGAUUGCAGUCGGGUGCAGGAGCAGCAGCGAGUUCUUCCGAUGCAACCGGUGCGACCCGUCACCGGCAGCUUUGUGAUAAGCUAUUUGCCUGCUUUUCGAAGUGGUUCACUGCAGCCCAGCGGGGUGGAGCUAACGAGUUUUCGCAAAAGCUCCUCCUGGCCGCAAGUCUGUGGGUAGCGGGUUUAGCACGAUUCCUAGCCGAUGCAGCGUUUCUGGAAUUCUUCGGGCGGUUUUUGCUUCCUUUCCUGCGCAGUGAUCGAUUUGAGGAAAUUACUAGACCGUUAAGUUCAACAUCGCUCAUCUUGACUGAUUUCGUUGACCGAACCCAAUACGGUAUAUCGUCCCUGCCGACGCUGGGUGCGGUUCAGCUACGGCGCUCGCAAACCAUCCCGAUGCUAGUGGUUACGACGUCCUAUCCCGUUUUCUUCCUACACGCCCUAUUGGGUCUGUUGCUUCAGGAACAAUCGACGCCGAACCCGUCCAGUAUGGCAUCACUUUUCACCGAGCUAAAAGACCUGCUCUUUGGGAACGCCGCUCACCGGCAAUAUUUCACCGAACUCAUCACGAUCGGCCACAAGCAUCGAACGCAAACUGUUCCGACGACGGAACCGACCGGCGGCGGAGAUGGAGCUUUGGUUUGCAACUGGUUCGCGCAAACCAUCGAACGGCGGUACCUUCUCGACGUGCUGCGACUUAGGACCCUCGAAACGAAGUCGCUGAGGUUGGGGAUCGACGUGCCGAACGACCACGAAUCGGCCGCGAAAACGAUGACACUACAGCUUGCGUUUGCCGCUACGUUGUCCAUAAGCGAAGCGUUCUAUCCUGCGCUGGUGCAACUUUUCGACGACAUCCUUUUCGUGGCCGGUUACUAUGACACCCGGACCUGCUCGGAACUGGCGAUAACCGGGGCGGAUUUGCAGCGAUGGAAACUGAACUACAAAUUGCUCGCACAGAGAGCGAUUAAAAAUGAGGACAACAUGCGACACGAACGGAGUGGUUUCACUGUUACCGAAUGGAGGACUCCAUUGCUGUGCCAAAGUUGGCCGUACAGUCCGCUAUACUUGAUGGUCGAAAAGUUAGAAAAAGGUGCCCCCCAGUUGGAAGUGUUAUCCGAGCCGGUUAUCAUCGGAACUGGGUUGCGAUUCUCCGAGCUGGUUGAGGCCAGCGGAAUCGUCGUCGCGUGUCCCACCGAGCGGCUGAUGUAUCUGCUGGCCGCUUUCAUGGGACCGGAUUCGAAGUUCCUCGAGCCAGAUCUAUCGGCGCUGAUUGGACGGCGACUGGCGGCUCUACGGACGCUGAUGAGAACACUUCCGGUGUCUGGGAAACCCGUACGGUCGUUUAACUUGGAGUCGGUAAUGCUCGAGGGCAAGAAAAGCUUCUACGGACUUUAUCAGCUGGCGCUAGAUGUGUUCCAGAGCUCCAGCUACGGUCAUACCGGGUUCGGCAGCCUGUUGAUGGCACCAUUGGCCCAGAAGUACGACGUCCGGUGGCGCAACAUGGUGUGGUCGGAGUACGUGGCCGUGCUGCGAUUUAUCACCUGCGACGAACCCGAGCUUUUCGACGACAUGGUGGACUACCUGCGACCAGAGGAAAGCGACGCAAUGCUCCUACGAGCGUACGGCCAAGCGUUGAACUCCAAUCUGCUCCGGGUCGGAUCGAUACCGCAUCGUGUAGCCCAACAUCACGUUCAGGCGUUCCGGUCGAAGGCGAAAGUGACGCACCCGCCGGGGGAGUGAUGGUCAGAUGAAACUAGACGUGCCGGACCAGGUCGAGUGGGUGGGUACGAGUAUCGGUUACAAUAAAUAAAGUGUGAAAUACGGCUAGGCUGUUGACUUUUGCCUGCUUCCAGGGACUUUCGUUUGUAAUGAAUUUAUCGCCAAUCUGACCCGUGGCCGCGUUCCAGUCGUUGAACGGAGCUGAUAUCCGUCUGUAAUCAGGGUAAAAAGGUAAGAAAAAAUGAUGUUUAUCCGCUCGGAAGAAGGCAGGCGUUUGUGCUGUAGGAAAAUGCUAUUUUAUCCGGUUGCUUUCACACUGCCGAGGGUGGGCAACCUUCGGCGAAGAUGCCUUUUUUUUGUCGCUAUCUGUCCGUAACCAAAUGCUUUGCAGUUCACAAAACAUGACUGCAUCCCUCGAUGGGGUUCGCGUGUUGCUGGCAAUUUAUUUAAAUUAUGCUACAAAAGGCAGCUACCGAUCCAUGGCGUUGUUUUAAUUACGUGUCCUUUGCACACUCGCACCUUCCAAGAUGUCGGUUUAGAUUCUUACGCUUCGAUACGUGCGACAGGGAAAUUCGG